AUGAUGAUUAAACUUAGUUUAAUUUUCUUAUUGAAUAUAAUAAUAAUAAAUGCAGAUAAGUCAUCUACGAAGGAUUUGAUCUUCAAUUUUCAUAAUAAAAUUCGUGAAGAUGUACUUAAAGGUGUUUUACAUGGUCAACCUAAAGCGAAAAAGAUGUCUAAACUGAAAUGGAAUAAACUUUUAGCUAAAUUAGCUAAAGAUCAUGUUGAAAAAUGUAUUCUUGAUAGUGGAGAUCUUGGAAAAUUAUACGUUGGUAAAUUUGAUUCUGUCGGACAAACUGUAGCGGAACAUACUUCAAUACAAAACAUAUUAGAUACAUGGUUGGAAGAAAAGAAUGAUUACGAUUUAGACAAGAAUACAUGUGAAAAUGAAUGUGGAAACUAUAAACAAUUAGUGUGGGCUAACACAACAGACAUUGGAUGUGCUUCAAAUAAAUGUGAUAACAGGUAUAUGGUCGUGUGUAAUUACGCCCCAGGGGCCAAUGAUGAAAGGCCAUAUGAAAAAGACUAA